AGCACUCGCGAUGUCGUUCGGAUGUCCCUUCCGGUUCUCAAAAAACAAAAAAAAAAUUUGCCUACCGGUCUUUUAUUCCAAUAAUUAUUUCUAAAUAAAUCGCGCCCACCUUUUCGAAUUGUUUUGGAAUAUUUUCUAUUUUUUUUUCUUCUUUUCUUAUUGUUACAGUGAAACCAUAUUAAAAAAAAAAUAAAAACACAGUGCAUUCUGUUAUAAAAAUAUAAAAUUUAAUAUAAUCAAUGCAAGAGAAACCAUUGUGAGCGCAGUGAAUCUGUGACAUUGUUCCCAAUGGUCUCCUUAUUGCCUUUCACUCUACUCUGUGCAGAUUUUUAUUAGCUGGUCCAUAUAAUAAUCUACCGAGUACAAUUCCCAUCAAAGGAAAAACAGACAACAAAAAGGAUGUCGACCGGAGUAAAAAUGGAUUUCGAGUUUCUUAUCUUGUGACCUUUUACGAAUCGUCAUGUAUCUAAAUUAAAAGGAAGACAAAACAUCCAUGUUCGUUAAAUGUUCUUCCUGGUUCCAACAAUCCGGAAGUUGAAUCAAACGGCUUCCAAAUGAUUUUCUGACGAAUUCUUUACUUGCAUUUUUCUUUCGUUAAUUGUGCAUGAUUUUAUUGAUUUUCACCAAAAGAAAAAAGAAAAAAACUCAAAGAAAAGUUAACGAAAAAAAAGAUAUAUCAUGGACGAGGAUGAUGCGGAGGAUUUACGAGAAUCGGUAACACUCGUCAAUAAAUUUGUGAAAAAACAACAAACGUCAAAACGUUUAAUUUCAAGUCGUUCAGUGAAGAAAGUAAAUUCUAAUGACGAGUCAGAAACAAUGGAAUGCACCUCGGAGAAUGAGGUAGAAAAUAUCCCACCGGAUGAACAGGAUCCAGAGCCAAUUGUCACGGAUGAGAAGGGCAACCGCAUUUCCGGAAGGGAGAAAUCCACUGACAAUGAACUUCCUGAUGUUUCUGAGGAGGUGUCGGAAAUUUCCGAGAUCUCAGAGGCGCGAGUCACGCUUCACAAAAGCGAGACUCAAAGGCAUACAACAACAGCGCGAAUUCAGAUACAGAGUUCGUCCUCAUCAAACGAGACUGAAAAUCCUCCGAGAUGUAGUUUUGCUCGUUACGGUGGUGCUCGACUCUUCAUGUCGGCCAGUCGAAGUCCCCAGUCGAGCUCAAGCCAAGAGGAAUACGAACCGGAAGUGAAGACAAUACCAAAACAAAAUUUACUGACCAUUGGCUCGAGUCACGUGACAGCGAGGUCCAUGGAAUCAUUGAGAACGUCGAGAAAUUUUUUGAGUGCCGACGAUCGUUAUUGUGAGGAUUCGCGAUCUCUUGAAUCGCUUUCGUCAGCAUCGGAGACGCACGUCAGUGCCGGUGCAAAGGGACAAUAUCGAAGUUUUUUGACGUCAUCGAGGAAGGACGUUAGGCGAAUUGUUGCACUCGAAUCAAGAAGCAGCGAUAAUCUUCAUCGUGAGGAGAGUCUCAAUGCUGAAGUGAGACGAGGUCUGUUUGCAAAUAUGGGUCUUGAGCGGAGAUUACCUCAGCAUUUGAGUUUGCCACCGCCUUCGGGCAUGUUUUCUUUGACGAGCCCCGGCGGCAGCGAUCGACGAAUUACGAUCCUGAGUCCACAUUCACCGCUUCCGGCUCCUGAUUUUCAACAAAACUUCACCGUCCAGAGUCUCAAGGGCAGAAGGAAGAAGGCCAUCGUCUUGCCGAGGUUGGUGUUGCCACGAAGCGAUUCCGAGGUCUUUUUAGAUUUCGAUGUGGAAAAUGGCGCGUCAACGCUGGACGGAGGCGCAGGGGGAUGUGGAGGAGCAUCCCCGAGUGCAGGUCUGGUUUUACAGAACCUGCCACAAAGGAGAGAAAGUUUCCUGUACAGGAGUGAUAGCGAUUUCGAAAUGUCGCCAAAAUCAAUGUCACGGAACAGUUCUAUUGCCAGUGAGAGGUUCAAAGAGACAGAGCCGCCUGUCGAGCGAGCGAUAUUUACCGAUCAAUACAGUCAUGGCGAAGACCUCAUCGUCACACCCUUCGCACAAAUCCUCGCUUCUUUGCGUUCGGUUAGGAACAACUUUUUAUCACUUACGAACGUCCCUACGAACAAAUCGAGGAGGAGUAGUGGAGCCCAGGGCAGUAGUACGCCUCAACCACGGAUCCUGGCACCCGGAGAGGAGCCCUACGUGAAACUAGCUGUGGAAACGAUGGAGGAGUUGGACUGGUGCCUGGACCAGUUAGAAACUAUUCAAACCCAUCGAUCCGUGUCUGACAUGGCCUCUCUGAAGUUUAAAAGGAUGUUGAACAAAGAACUUUCACACUUCUCGGAGUCAUCCAAGUCUGGCAACCAGAUUUCCGAAUAUAUUUGCAGCACUUUUCUUGAUAAACAACAAGAGUUGGAUUUGCCAUCCCUACGAAUUGAGGAUGCUGUGGCUUCAACCGGAAGUGCAGAUGCGAGAGCAGCUAAGAAAAAGGAUCGACUACAAAAAGGACCAUCCUCAAUGUCCCAUAUUAUUGGUGUUAAAAAACCCUUAACGCAUACUAAUAGUUUUACCGGAGAACGAGUACCUGUACAUGGGGUUGAAACACCUCAUGAAGAACAACUUGGCAAGCUUCUGUCGGACAUUGACAAGUGGGGAAUCGACAUCUUCAGGAUAGGUGAACUCAGCAAUAACAGACCGUUGACCUGCGUGGCGUACACAGUCUUCCAGAGUCGUGAUCUGCUCAAUUCCCUGGCAAUUCCUCCCAAGACCUUUGUCACCUUCAUGAUGACCUUAGAGGAUCACUACGUCAAGGAUAAUCCCUUCCACAAUAGCCUUCAUGCAGCAGACGUCACACAAUCCACGCACACUCUUCUCAAUACUCCUGCACUUGAGUCUGUAUUCACGCCACUGGAAAUCACAGCAGCUCUCUUUGCAGCCACUAUCCACGAUGUUGAUCAUCCUGGUCUCACGAAUCAAUUCCUGAUUAAUUCAAGUUCAGAACUCGCUCUGAUGUACAACGACGAAUCAGUGCUGGAGAACCAUCACUUGGCAGUGGCGUUCAAGCUUCUACAGAACGAAGGCUGUGACAUCUUUGUCAAUAUGACGAAGAAACAACGUCAAACAUUAAGGAAGAUGGUGAUUGAUAUGGUGCUUUCGACCGAUAUGUCAAAACAUAUGACACUUUUGGCCGAUUUGAAAACAAUGGUGGAGACGAAAAAAGUCGCUGGAUCAGGUGUUUUAUUACUCGACAAUUAUACGGACCGAAUACAAGUCCUCGAGAAUUUGGUGCAUUGCGCCGAUUUAUCAAAUCCCACAAAACCACUUCAAUUGUAUAAACGAUGGGUUGGACUUUUAAUGGAGGAAUUCUUUUUGCAAGGCGAUCGUGAACGUGAACAGAAUAUGGAUAUUAGUCCAAUGUGUGAUCGACACAGUGCCACAAUUGAAAAAUCUCAAGUUGGCUUUAUUGAUUAUAUUGUUCAUCCACUUUGGGAAACAUGGGCCGAUCUUGUUCAUCCUGAUGCCCAGGAGAUUCUUGAUACUCUGGAGGAGAAUCGAGACUGGUACCAAUCAAUGAUACCACCCUCGCCACCUUCUGACGAUCAACAAUCUAAUGAGCAGCAAUCUGAUCGAAUACACUUUCAGGUAACACUGGAAGAAGGAGAUGAGAGUGGCGAAGGAGUGGAUGGCGGCGAUCAAACAGCAAUAUCCGGCGAAGAAGGGGGCGGUGUGUCAGAAGAAACUGCCGGCGAUGCUGGGAUGUGACGGAGGCUGGCCGGCAUUUGCAAGAAACUUCAUGAAAAGGUGCAACAAACUUGGUGGCGUGUACGUCAGUGACGUCUGUUUCUCGUUUUCUCGUCACGGUGACGAUGAGAAGUCUCCUCGGAAAGGAUUCAGAUGUUUUUUUCUAAAAUCCAAGUCGUCCUUUACCGGUAAAAUACUCGUGAGUUAAACAGGGGAAACAAAAAAAAAAAAAAAAGAGGAAGCUUGUGGAACAAGCAAAGAAUGGUGAUAGGAAAAAAGAAAAAAAUUUUCGACCUGCAGGUGCUAAAAAAUGGAAACAAGAAAUGUGAGAGAGAAACAGAAGACAAAAAUUGAAAGCAGAAAUCGUUUCUUUUUCUCCAUUCGGCUGGUCCGAAUCGCGAAAGAUGAGGGCAUCUCCAUUCGUCGAAAGGGGAGACGCAUAGAGAACGAAAUAAUGAAAAAAGAAAACAAGAAAAAAACGAUAUCGAAUGGAAGAAUGCUCAAAUAGAAGGAAAGCUCAACGUACGUUCUCACAAAGUACUUCUCCAAGGAACGAGUUCUGCUUAUCAAGAAAAGAUAGUCAAUACUCGAAGCGAUUGGGAAUAUUGUGAAUUGACAAUUUUUUGAGAACUGGUCUACGACUUGUAUUAUUCAAACGAAAUUCUUUAUUGACAUAUCAAGCGAAGAAGAGGUGUAUAGUUAACAAAAAAAAAGGAAAAGGAAGAGGUGACCGAGAAUUUCGUCACAAGUUCAAUCCAAUCUAAAAGUACGAUUAGAGAAACCGGAAAUCUGAAUUUACUUGAAAAAAAAGAAAUGUUGUGUCCUCAAAAUCCGUCGUAAAUAAAUUGCUUUGGCGAAUUGAACGCUUAUCGUGAAACGAACGUACAAUCGCACAAGCUAAUAAUUCCCCGAUAUUGUAAUUAAUUAAUUAAUCUGUACCUCGAACUUAGAGUUGAUUUCCUUAAAUAUUGAUUUUCGUACUUGACUGUCCAUCAUAAAAAAAAUAAUGGUUUUGACUUAAACUCUUUAAAAAUAUUUAUUAAAGCUCCCAGGAUUAAAAAAAAAAUUACAAAUGAUUUUAAUGAUAUGUACAGGGUGAUAACGUACGUUUUCCUAAAAACGCACACAGAGAGCCUGCGGAGAGAAAGACAGAAGAUAUGAUUGAACACACAAAAAAUAAAAAUAACACAAAAAAAAAGAGAGAUUCGUUUUUGAUUUGUUUCAAUUAUCCAAGUUAGUCGAUAGUUACCUUAAAACAGCAAUCGAGAAUAACCAAAUCUCGAGAAAAGAACCUAAGCUUUCAUCUCAAUCGCUUACUAGAAAAACUUAAGCGAGAACUCAGAGUAGUGGCAUCUAAAUAACGAAAAAAAAACACUAACAGUUAGGAAAUUAUAAAUAAGUAGUGUGUAAGAUUUUAUUUAAAAAAAAAAGAAAAAAAGCAUAUUAAUUUUAAUAUACAACUGUGAAAAAGCUGGUCUUUUAAUAAGGUUUAUAUUAAAAUUGAUUCGUGACUCCUGCGACGACGCUUUUCAACUCCUGCGACGUGUGUACAGUUUAAAUCAGCGCGAUAUAGAAAAAAAAAGAAACCUCGUGGAUAGUUGUUUUUAACCAAAGAAUAAUAUUAGCUUACUUUAAGCCGGAAGCCGGAAGGUCAAGAACGUCCCAUGAAAAAAAAAAUAUAUAUAUAUUCGUUUUCCACGACAAAGACACCGAUCAUUCUCGCAUUUCUCGACUUGUAGCGUCGCUAGAAAAACACACCUUUAGAGUAUAUUAUAAUAUAGAGACAUUGCGAAUUAAUGUAACAACAACAAAAAACCUCUUUAUUGCUUCUGUCUGCCAAUUGGUUUGUAGAAAUCUUAUUCUUGCCGUAAUAACGCGUCUGUUGGCAAGUCAUAAACAGAAAAACCCUGCCUCUAAAUUGAAAGACGAAAGCCGUUAUCAUUUAUUUAUUUUUCAAAUGAUUUCUGAUACUUUCGAAUAUUUGUGUAAAAAUUACUCUAGAUGCUUAAUUAAGUGUUACUCUCAUCUUGUUCACUGUGAUAAAUUGAUAAUAUUAAUUAUUGUAGAGAUUAAAUGUACCGGUCAACAAUUCAUAAUUAUUUCACUAAUAUUUUUUAUAUUUAUUUUAUAUUUUUUUAUAAUUGCCGAGAAAAUUGACAAUUUCUAAAAUAGAAAAAAAAAACAAAAAGUGACAGAAAAUAUUUUUAAAAAUACCAAUUUAUUAUUAAUAAAUAAUUCUCUUAUUAUUUAAGAGAGUAAAAAUACUUAAUUAAGUGACUAAUAAUGAAAAAGGAAAUACAAAAAAAAGAAAGUAAAAUUCGAAAAAAUAGUUCUAUCUGCACAAAAAGAAAAGAAAAUUGUAAUAAAAUUGACGCAAAAAAGCGAGAUGACACGAGAGUGAUUUGAGAAAUGUUCCCCUCAAGUCUAACGUAAUCGUAAAAAUAUUGAAACUCUGAGAAAUCUGUAUCUGUGUCGUAGGCAUUGAUCUAGUAACUGUUUGGUGCUGGUCACCAAGUAUAGAAAAUUAAGGCUACGAUUACGAUUAGCAAUAAGAUGAAACUUUUAUUUAAAUAGACCUCCUAUAUAGAGAGUAAGCGAUGACAAUGUUGUAACUCUCUUUCUCUCUUUCUCUCUCUAUCUCUCUUUUUCUCUCUUUCUCUCUAUGAAGAACCUGUGCUUCGUGAUGAGAGUGCUAAUUAAAAAUCAUUUAAUAUCAACUGAUGUAUUUUCAAAGUGUUUUCCAAUAACAGUAGCAAAACAAACUCAAAAAAAAAUUGUGUAAUUUUCGAGUAAAGCGAAAUAUUGUUGUGUGAAAAAGUUGAGAGAUACGAACUUUAUGUCCGGAAAUCCUGGCAAAAUUUUCGGAUAGACAUUUUUAUAAAUUAUGUUCCAAUAUUACAAACCAACUGUCAUUCAUUCAUUAAUUAAUCCAAUUCAAAAUACAUUUUCAAUGUUCAUCUGAAACUUUCGCCAGGGAAAUGAAAGGAGCGAGUUUUAUAAUGACGAAAUUUUGAGAAUCAAAUUUCAUGACGAAAGUUAAGAGAAAGUGAAUUUUACAACAUAAGUUGAAAGAAAUCGAUUUUGAAAAAAUGGAGAGAAUUAAAAGCGAUUUUUAUGCUGAAAAUUGAGAGAAUUGAAUUCCUUGCAUAAAUAGAAAGUUGAGAGAAGCGGAUUUUUUGUUGUUGAAAGUAUUUCAGGGAAGCGAUUAUGGUUAUUAUGGAAAAUGUUAUGAAUAUAUAUUCAGAUGAAAAAAUAUAUUUUGCGGAUUCGCAGGUACCAUUAACGCAUAAACAGUAAACGGACCCUCCCCCAUCUUUGUUAAUCGUUUGUCAAUUGUUCGCUGCAAGCACUGAUUCUGACAUUAUGUAAUUGUAUAUUUUUAGUUUUUACGAGUUUUGUCCCUCGCGUUUCAUGACUGCUCUAACGACAAUGUUUUACAAAGAAAUAUGAGAGUAUUGCGAUUAUUUAACGAGAUAUGUAAUAAAUUAAAAAAAAAACAAUACGUGUUUGAUUGCUGGACAGUUAAAAAGAACAUGUAUUAAUAUCGUGUAACCCUCGUACGAGAUAUAUGUGUAAUAAAAACAUAUUUAUUGUCGGAAA